AUGCAAUUCUCAUCAUUCGCUGUCUUAGCUUUAUCAUCAGUUUCAGUCUUAGCUCAAUCAUCAGCUCAAGCUAUCUCCCAAAUUGGUGACGGUCAAAUCCAAGCUUCCACCAACACUGAAGCUCCAAAAUCAACCGCUCAAGCUAUUUCUCAAAUCUCUGACGGUCAAAUCCAAGCCUCAACUGCUACCAGUGCUGCUCCAAAAUCAACUGCUCAAGCUAUCUCUCAAAUCUCUGAUGGUCAAAUCCAAGCUUCAGCUACAGCCAGUGUUCAAGUUCAAUCUGACAACGGUGCUGCUCAAUUACAAGGUGCUGGUUUCGCCGCUAUCGCUGCUGGUGCUUUAUUAUUAAUCUAA